CAUUUGAACAGCUACUGGCCAAUCAGAAGACAGGACUGAGGUGGCCGCCAACGUUUGACGACGUCGUCAUGUCGCUUGUUGGUUUUAGAAUGUUUCUAUGAUAAAAUCUGUUUGCGAGAAAGGGCUGGGAAAGUAAACGAGUGGAAAGUAGAGAUGUGUAUAGAAGACAGGUUGUGAAGUUCGAAUCAGUGAAUGUCUACGGGAGACGAGAGAAGGCUGGAAGACGCUACAGUAGGAAGCGCUGGCAGUGCGGAUUAAUCGGGGUGUAAAGUUACCAUCUAUCAGUUAGCAUAGCAUUAGAGCAGGGUUUAGAGAAUGAAGAAAGUGUCUGACAAAUGUGUCAUAUCUUUGGCCAUAAUCCAGUACCUGCGGACCUAUGGGAUUAAAGUGAAAAACUGUGGAAAAGUCCGGAGCAGCGCUAACAAGACAACGGCUAGCGAAGGGGGAAAAACCUUUGGAACAUUGCUGCAUUGUUUACCUCACCAAUUGACAGAAUAUGGUUUCGUUCCAUGCUUUCUGGCUGAUGCUUGUCAAAGUCUUCUUCAGCAUGUGGAAACUGAGGGUCUGUUCAGAAUAUCUGGGUCCAUAGUCCGUGUAAAAGAGCUCAAGAGACGAAUAGAUGAAGGGGAAAACUGUAUCUCUUCAGCACCCCCUUGUGAUGUUGCAAGCCUGGUGAAGCAGUUUUUUAGAGAGUUACCAGAACCCAUCAUUUCUGCAGACCUGCAUGAUGCCUUCAUGAAAGCCCAGCUAUUAUCAACUCAGGUGGAAAAGACUACAGCUACUCUGCUCAUUUCUUGCUUGGUGCCAGAAAGAGCAAAGCAGACUCUGCGAUACUUUAUCAACUUCCUCAGAAAUGUAUCACAAAGAUCAACUGAGAACAAGAUGGACAGCAAUAAUUUAGCUGUUAUUUUUGCCCCUAAUUUUUUACAUUCUGUUGAAGCAAAUAAGAAAAUGGCUGCAGACGCAGAAGAACGCCUUAAACUUCAAGCUUCAGUUGUCCAGUGCUUCAUUGAAAAUGCACCUGAUUUUGGUUCUGUACCAGAUUUCAUAAUGGAAAAGAUUCAAGGAGGAGAUACUGGUGGCUCUACCCCAUUACUAGAUAAAUUGGAAGGUGGAGGGAAAGAGUUCUUGGACAUAAAGACAAGACGGAGGCGCAGUUUUGGAGAUAUUAUUAGUGCUGCCCUGCUUAAAUCAGUAUCUAAUAGAACUCCAACAAGUACUCCUCAGCCAGAUUACUCAGGUCUGCCUUCUCUUACACCCGUGAAUCAGACUCCAGGUUCUAAAAGAAAGCUGCCAGGAGACUCUGCCCAGAGCUUUGGUAUUUCAGAGAAGAAAAGAAGAUCUUUAAAACCAAACUUUGCUGUAGAGUUUGUUCCAAGUUCCUUGUUUAGCAGUGGCUCGACGCCUGGCUCUGGCCGCACUUAUGAAGAAAGCCCUGUUUUAUUUAAUACCCCCCAUGGUUCUCCUUCUACUGCAAGUGAUGGACAAAUGGCAAGUUCGAAGAAAAGGAAAAGUACAAGAAUUCAGAUACACCGGUUCAGAGCUGAAACUGGAAUAUACAAAGGCUUUUCGCCAAGAGUACACAGGAAAGAUGGAGUUAGAAAGUCACUGCGUCUGAAGUUCAGUCUUGGCAAAAAUAAAGAAUCUACCGCUUUGCAGGGGUCCUUUAUUGGAGUCAAAGGAUCAGAAGCCAUUGGCUCUCGUCUUGCCUGUCAAGAAAAUGUAACUGGUUAUCCUGCAAAAGAUGCAUCAUUUAGCCCCGUGUUGCAAAAUCAACAUGCCAGAAAAGGUUCUAAGUAUAUCAGUAAAUCGGAAGAAAAUCUCAUAACACCUCAAAGAGAAGGUGUUGCCCUCCAGACUUCUUGGAGCAGGAGUCCAGUGGAAUCCUUGGAGACCAGCAAUGAUUCUUCUGUAGAAACACCAAUGGGUCAUGGACUAGGUAGCAAUUUUUUCUCUGAACCGGCUCUUGUAGCUGGGAAGCCACCUAUCAUUGCUGGAUUUCCCAAAAGCAUGAGUCUAAACAACAAAAGUCAAAGCCCUGAAGGGAAAGCCUCUUUUUCUGAGGAGGAGAAAAAUUCAACUGGAGCCACUCUCCUUAAAAUCAGAAGAGCUUUCUUGGAAUCGGGAAGCAGUUUACACUCAUUAAUUGGGGAAUGCGAGUCUCCAGGAAGAUAUGAAAUCUUCAAAACAGUUGCUGAGGCUGGUGGGGCUGUACCUUGCAUUACAGAGAAUGUUGAUAAGUCCUUUAAGGAGGAGAAGUGCAGUUUAGCAGCUGGUCAUGCAGACAUAACAUCUGAAGACUUGUCUGUUUCUGAAGUGGCAGAUGUACAAGAAUUGGCUGGCUUGAGCACAGAAGAAAAUAACCAGAACAUCCCUUCAGUCUGUGAGAAUGCUCCUCGUGAUCCAGCCACAAACCAAGUCCCUAAAAAUGAUCAGUCACCUCAGUUUGUUUCAGAACUAACGGUUCACGUGCUGUCUAAAACACUGCCAGAAGACGACGAGAUGUUUAGGUCAGUUCAAGGGACACCAAAAGAAACGGUACCUUCUAUAAACAAUGAAAAUUCAGAAUCUGCCUAUGUUACAGAGGCGUCAGAAUCUGUUCAGAUGAAAGUAGCAGAUCAUAUUCAACGGUUUAACAUUCUUUCUUUAAAUGAUUGUACCCCAAGACAAAAUUUGAUGCCACCUCUUAAGUUUCAACGUACACCAGUUCGUCAGUCUGUGAGAAGAAUAAAUUCACUUUUGAAAACCAGAUCUGAGCAGAUAAUGACUCCUUUAGGCAAUCUGCCGAAGUCCUUGAGUCAUGAAAGCGGCCUGUCUGCCCUCUUGAAAAGCACCUCGAAUACCCUUACCAUAGCACAGGACAAAUGUGCUGACUCUGCCACUGGCACAGAGAACUUGCAAAGUUCACAAUCCAAGCCAUGUGCUCUUGACGAUGUGACUAACCAAGUGUCAAAUGAUCCUUUCAUGGCAAAUAAAAUCCUUACCAAGAAGAUGCCCUGCAGCCCUGAAAAGAACUGCCUGAAGCGUGCAGCUCUGAAAGAAAAAGGCCGCUACAGAGGCUCCCCAAAAAAUCCCUUGCCAUUUGGAAAGCUGUUGCCUGCUACUAAACCCGUGAAUUUUUAGGGUCUUUACCUCUGAAUGGUGGUCUUUAGUCGUCAGUAUUCAAUACAGCAGUUGUUCAAAAAAUAUUUAUUGUAAGUUCUGUAAAUAGUAAAUUUAAGUCUUAAACUUUUUUUUAUUCUUUUAAAUUCUAAUGAAUCAUAUGGUAGUUUGUGUCUAAGAGAAAUCUGAGUAGAUGUUAAGAAAUCAUUUCAACGCAGCUUUGGCUGCAUCUGUGGGUGAAACUGAGCCCAUCCGAGGGUUUGAGGUGUGCUAGUCACUGAGCGGUUGUGUUUUUGAAGAAAAACAAAAGAGAGUGCAAUAAACAUUAGUAGGCCUAAGAUGUUAUAAAAUGAGCAUGCGUUAUUAUUUUAGGAAAUCCAGGUAUUAUUUGUUAAUGUUCUUUGGGAAGUUAUUUAUUUAUAUAUAUUUCAAUUUUUUUUGCAUUUUAAAUUUAAUUUUCAUGCUGUUUUAAAUGUCUUCAUGGAAAUAGUCUGUUUUUAAGAGAGAGAGAGAGAAAUGAAGAAUGUUGCAUGUGUGAAUUGGGAUGGGUGUUUAGUAAGUGACUAUUCUUAACCAGGCCUGUGCGGUUAUUUUGGUUGAUAGUUAGUUAGUUAGUUAUAAUGUUUAAAGUGAAACCAUUUCUUGCUUAAACCUGUUU